GGUGCUCGGGCGCUUGUUGCUGGCGGGUGAGUUCCUCGGCCGGCUUGUUUGGGACUCUGACAUGGUUGGGGCGCGGGGAUUUUGCAUGGAGGUUGGCAAGAGGCUCUCCAUCGAGGGCAAUAUCGCUGUAGGGAAGUCCACAUUUGUAAGGCUGCUCAAAAAGGCAUUCCCAGGAUGGCACAUGACUUCAGAACCGGUUUCCAAAUGGCAGAAUGUUCAAGCUGCUCAAUGCACUCAGGCCUUGUCUUCUCAGAGUUUUGGGAACUUGCUUCAGAUGCUCUAUCAGGAGCCUUCUCGAUGGUCCUACACAUUCCAGACGUACUCAUGUCUGAGCCGGCUCAAAGCACAGCUGCAGCCUCUGCCAGUGAAUACCCAAGAAUUUGUGCAGAUUUUUGAGAGAUCUGUGUACAGUGACAGGUAUGUCUUUGCAAAGAAUCUGUUUGAGAUUGGUCAUUUGGCAGAGAUUGAAUGGAUAAUUUACCAAGAUUGGCACACCUUUCUCCUUCAAGAAUUUGGGGACAGAGUUGCGCUCCAUGGCUUCCUUUAUCUCCGGGCACCUCCUGAGGUAUGCCUAGAGAGGCUGCGCCGAAGAGCAAGGCCUGAAGAGAAAGAGAUCCAGCUGUGCUAUCUAGAGCAGCUUCACUCUCAGCAUGAAAACUGGCUCCAGACAAGAAACACAGAGAUUCAUUUUGAAAACCUAAGAAAUGCUCCAGUCUUGGUUCUUGAUGUUGCCAAGGAUUUUGAGAAUGACACAAAGGAGCAGAGAAGACUUGUGAGUCAGGUGGGCACUUUUAUAAAGAGCCUCUCCUCUAAAACUUUGCCUUCUGCUUCUGCUGCCACUUCCUAGCUCAGGAUCUUGUUCCACAAGCAGAUGACCCUGAACUGCAGCCCAUCAAGAGACCAAGUGAAAACCUUUCUCAAUACUAGAAGGUAAAAACCAGCAACCAAUAGGUUAAUGAUAUUCCCAGGAUGUUUGGAGUUAAGACUACUGAAAAACCCUCCCGUACCACCAAGGGUUUGAAGUUGUUCACGGGACCAGUUCCAUCAGAACAUAUGGAGAUGCAAAUGGUGACAGGCAAGGAGAGGCUGGUUGCAUUUCUGCAUGGCCUGGCCCAGGUCCAAGAUGGUACCCAGUCCUCUAUUCUGGCUUUUAAGGGACUUUAAAGUGUGCUUUCACUUGGUAUGGGCCUGGCUUGGUACAGUCCAAAGUGAGAGCUUGCCUGCCUUUUUUACAGAUUCCACCUUCCCCCAGAACUGACUUGUAGCAUCAGCAGUGGUGAUUCCCUUGCUGCAGUCUAGGACCUGUGUGCCCCCCAUCAGCUCCUGCUUUUGUGUUUUUUUAAAAAGAGGAGCUUUCUAUGUGCCCUUGUUUCUUGCUGCCCAUUGUGACUUGAUUGGUGGCUUAUGGAUUUCAUCCAUUAACUUCACUUUAAGUAUUUUUUUCACCUUCUGUGCUUCUGAUCUCUUGUGUUUCCAAUCUCUUGUGCUUUCCUAGAAAUUAUCCUGAAAAGUGGUCCAAUCAAACAAUUCCUGGCUUCUGUGAAUUUGUUGUUUUGUGUACUGAAAACCCUCAAACUGGGCUUGAGGUUAAAAGUAGAUUGAAGCCAAAACAUUUCAGAACACAAUACACAGAAUGUUGCAGAGUCAGCGUAUUGUUGCUUUGCACUUGUGUAAAAGGCUUGUACAAGGCCUAAAUCCAACAUACCAGACUAGAUCAUGUGGCACUUUUGCACAUCUUAGAUGAUACAUGUCACAUGUAUUUGCCAGAACCAUGUGAGUUAUCAACUGUAUCCCAGAAUGUAAUCUAUAGUAUUUGGAGUUCAAGGUUUCUGAUUUCUGCUUGUUUCUUUGCCUGUCUGAUCAAUAAAUUUGUUGCUACAUUUGCACUUAAAGGGCUUGUAUGGCCCCAUCUAGGAAUUUACUGACAGUUUGAAAGGUUAAAUAAAGCAAGAUUACUGGACCCUACAUUUUGGAGAAGUGAUGAAUAGCUGAGCAGAUGCACAAUGAGAAUAACUGCUGGAGAUCUGAUUGAGCUCAUAACUAUGCUUCCCUGAGCAGAGUUGCACCUCUCUAAUCCUGCUGAUUUCAACCAGCUUAGAAGGGUGUAACUAUGCAUAAAAUGGCACUAUAAGCUAUAUACUCUUCUAAGAUCAGUUGUAUUUGGUGACAUUAGUACCUACAGCUAUAGCAGAAAGAAUAGUCCAAAAGUGCCACUUUUGAGUGUUCUACAUAUAACUGUUCUUCAGUUCCUGUAACUGCUAUGUAGUGAAGUCAAAUGCCUGGUUACUUUUAAUGAUAUGAUCAGGGCUUUCUCCUAUAGUUACACCUUUGCAAUACAAUUUGUCCUAACUGUAUGAGUAAAAGGUAUACUGCCCAGAAUGGGCAAAAACAGCCAUCUUCAUGUAAUGUGUAAAUCCAUCCUAAAAUUAAUGUGUGCAUUCCAAUUUAAACUUGACCCUCCAGGUUGAAAGAAAGGCUUAAUUUUAUAGAUAGUUUCAAACGCUAUAUUGUAAGGUACAAACUCACUUUUUAGGGUUGGUGCACAGUAAAACCCCUUGUAGAUGCUGUGUUUCUUCUAAAUUAACAAAAUAUGUUUAAAUUAAUAAAAUUAAUAACUGAAAAGAUUUGUGUAUAUAAUUAUUGAUGUGCAAGGUAGGGACAGGGUUAGGAAGUACAAUUCCUCAUGGAAACCAAGUUUGUGCUGUGUAACAGAGGCGGGGUUUGCUGCUGAUAGAAGUUCCCCCUGUACAUUUAAGGCUCAAGUGGUUAUUUCUUAGGAGUUCUAGCUAACUCACUGGAUCUAGACACUAUUGUAACAUGAUUUAUUUCAAAUAAAGAAAACUGUUGUAAUAAUAAA